CGCACAGAGCGGAGCAGAUCCGCGCUCGGACCUGACUCACGAUGAGUGUAGGAGGAGAGUCCCUGGAAGAGCAGAGGAGACGUCUGCAGAGGGAGGUGCAGCUCCUGGAGCAGAGUUUAAACACUGCAGAUCUCACGCAGCUCAGCUCAGACUCAGAUGAGUCCGACAGCUCAGAGGACUCCACUGGAGACCAGGAUCCCAACCGGAACCCAGAACCUCGACCUGGUCCCGGAACUGAACCAGGACCAGGACCAGGACCUAGUUCUGAGGAGCUGCUGCUGGAGCAGAGAGAUCUCCUCCACAGAGAGAUCCAAGAACUAGAGAGAACGCUGGGACCAACGUCCCCCCUUACACAACAUCACACAGACGAGGAGGAGGGGAGCAGCAGCAGUGAUGAGAGUGAGAUGGAGCUGCCUCCAUCUCUGGAGUCUUGUCUUCAGAUGAACCUGGUUUAUCAACAAGUCAUACAGGAGACACUGGAACAGCUAGAGAGACUACUACAGCAAAAUGACAAGCAGCAGAAGGAGCUGAUGGUCCAGUUGUCUGGUUCUGACAGAGAUCAGUCCAAACCCAAAGGUUCUGAGCCUGUCUCCUCAAACCUGUAUCUGGGCAACUUCCUCAAGCCGUACUUCAAGGACCGACUCACCGGGCUGGGCCCUCCGUCGAACGAGGAGACAAAAGAGAAGAACAGUCGACUGGUGGGAAGCUUGGACUACAAGAGACUCAAGACAAGAAGAUGGGAGGGCUGGCAGAAAGUGCUGCUGAUCCACGCUGUGUCCAGAGACCGACUCAGGAAACUCAUCCAACCCAAAAUCUCCAGAUUAGACUUCCUGACUCAGAAACUGUCCACGUCCUCGGAUUCAAACAAAGCUCAGAUCUCAGAGCAGAUCCAGGUUUUGGAGAAGGACAUCCAGGCGCUCAGAGAGAAGAAGGAGGAGGAGCUGAUUGGAGACAGAUUUGCUGAUGUGGACUGGGACCGGAUCUCCAACAUCGACUUCGAGGGCAGUCGAGAGCCUGGGGACCUUCAGUGUUUCUGGCAGAACUUUCUUCACCCAGUGAUAAACAAAAAACGAUGGAGCGACGAAGAGAUCUCCAAACUCAAGGAACUGAGUCUGAAGAACCAGGAACGAGACUGGACCAGGACCAGUGAGGAGCUGGGGACCAACCGUACGGCGUUCAUGUGCCUUCAAACGUACCAGCGCUUCGGGUCCAAGUCCCUGAGGAAGAGGACGUGGACUCGAGAGGAAGACGCUCAGCUACGCGCCCUGGUGGACAAGAUGAGGAUUGGCAACUUCAUCCCCUACACCCAGAUGUGUUACUUCAUGGAGGACAGACUCCCUGGACAGCUCCUCUACAGGUGGAGCCAGGUCCUGGACCCAAGACUCAAGAGAGGCCCCUGGAGUCCAGAGGAGGACCAGCUGCUGCUCGCUGCCAUAGAGAAGUAUGGAGCCAAACACUGGUGGAAAAUCCGCUACGAGGUCCCAGGAAGAACAGACUGUGCCUGCAGAGACCGGUACUACGACUGUCUGAAACCUGACAACAAGAAAGGACCCUUUGACGAACGCGAAAACCUAAUGCUGCGAAACCUCGUCCAGAAACACGGAUAUGGCCGGUGGUCUAAAAUCGCGGCUGAGAUCCCAAAUCGGACCGAUGCCCAGUGCAUGAGAGCCUACAAGAAACUACUGACUGAAGCUGGAAUCUACAGACACAAGGAGACAAGGGAAGGAAGCAAGGAAACAGGAGAGGAGAUGAGGAGAAGAGAGAAGGUGACAGCCAAGGACACUGAGAAGACGACCAAGAGGGAGCGAAAUGAAGCUGAGGAAGAACCGAACAAGCUAGGAAAGGAGACAGUGAAGGAGGAAGGAGAGAUGAGGAGAAGACAGUCAGAAGACUCCUCACUGGCUCUCAGGUCUCAGAACCUUAAAUGUGCUCAGACAAAGCAGAGGAAGAGGAGGAGGAGAACCAAGUGUUUCAAAGACGUGAUCAUGUCCGAUGAUGAAGAGGAGCAGGAGGAGGUGCCCUACAUGGACAUCAGCGACGAAGACGAGACCAAAGUCACCAGAGACUACAGCGAGAAGGAGCAGGGAAGAUACGAGGAGGCAGGACCAGAGGAGAUGGGAGCAGAGCCUGAGGAGCCGACAGGAGCACACUGGCAGGAGCAGACAGCAACGGUGUCGUGGGUCAGGCUAGAUUUGGACCAGUGGCUUCCUGUAGAUCACAGCAGGAGGUCUCCGUUCUUCAAACCGGUGUCCCUUUGUGAGCCUGACGGGGGCAGUAGUGAGAGCGUGGAGCGCUGUACGAUCCUGGAGAAGUCUGUAUGUUCUGAGGUGACCAUCCCUCGUCCCACUGAGGUCUCCAGCGAGGAGAACAGCCACGAGAACCUCCUCAAUGCUCCUCUGAUGAUCACGGCUGAAGAUCUGUCUGUUCUACUACAACAACAGGCGCGCAAGUUCUCCCACAGAGGGAGACGUCUUACGGAGAUGUCUCUGAGCUACAGGCUUCAGGCGGUCAUGGUUCCAUGGGUCGGACAUGUGAUCGUCAAAGAACCGACCCAAGAACUGCCCAGACCCAGAGAAGGACUAAACCAGGGCUCAUCCAAAACCGGACCAGGACCAAACCGGGAUCUGUCGAGCUCCAGCCUGUUCCGAUUCUUUCUACAUGUGCUCAGAGUGGACGCUGAAGGCUGCAAACGAACAAUCGAGGAGCGCAGACGGCGAGCGGAACUGAGGAGUAGGACAGUGGCGGACAUUUUGAAGAUGAAACAAAUCAAACAAGAAGUCACACGUCCAAGUCUGCUUGGACCCGCCCCCCUUCAAACCAGCCACGCCCCUCCUCAGGCUGGACACAUGUACCUCCCUGUCCUCCUCUCUCACAAUGUUGCUCAGAGCCAAAAUGUCCGUCUGGCCCCUCCCCCUGGCACACAGAGCUCCGCCCCCCUCGUCACGCCACAGAACAUGCAGGUCUUAAUGCAUUUCUCCCCAAACUCUUUGUCUCCUCAGACUCUUUUCACUGUGGCUCCUUCUGUUUGGACGCAACAUGGCCAAGUCCCUACCUCCUCCUCUUCCUCCCCUCUUCCUCCUCUCCCCACCUUCUCUUCCUGCCCUCUUCCUCCUCUCCCCUCUUCCUCAUCCUCCUCUGAAGCGGUCAUUGUUUCUGCUGCUGCUACAAAAGGGGCUCCUCCGUCCUCUGAAACACAAAAUGUCCGGCCGGCUCCUCCCUCCUUCACCCAGAGCUCCUCCUCUCUCCUCACUGCACCUCCUCAGAACGUCCAGGGGUUUCUAACAUUACCUCCAAACCCCACCUCCUCCUUGGCUCCUCCCAGCGUAUUCACUGUGAUGGCGCCCGGAUGGACCCAACAUGGCCGGCACGCCUCUUCACCGCUGCAGAGCCUGUCUGCUAAAACGCAAAAUGUCCUCCCCAACUCCCCGAACUCCUUACAAAAUGUCCGCCCUCUCCCCUUUCUCUCUCCCUCUAAAAAACAAAAUGUCCGCCCUCUCCCCUUUCUCUCUCCCUCUAAAAGACAAAAUGUCCGCCUGUUCCGGGACUCCUCUGAGGCACAGAAGGUUCAUGUGGUCAAAGUUUAUCCUGCGUCUCCAGGGCAACAGACACAAAAUGUCCGCCGUGUCUCUCCUGCAGUCUGUGACCAGAAAAAGACUGACAGCUCCAGUUCAGACGCAGACGUGCAGGUGAGACGGGUACAGGUUCUCUCUGACUCUGACCACAUCAACGCUUUGUCCGACCACGACUACGCCCCGCGGCCCAAUCACAGCAAGGUCCCAUCAUCCAAUCAGAUUACUCUGUCUGCAUCCCCGCACAGUGAGAGCCAAGCAGAGAAGCACAGAGGCAAGUCGGAGGGGGCAGAGGAGGAUGGUGCAGAGGAGGAGCAGGGGAAGAGGAGAAGGAAACCAUCCAUGAAGGCUCUGGCUCUGCACCGCGACAAGGUUGAAAAACAGAAAAAACGACUUUCAUCAGAGAAGAAACACAGCUCCAAACGCCGCAAAACACAAGAGUCCUCCACUGCUGCUAUCUCCUUACUUCCUACCUCCUUACCUUCAGCACCCUUACCUCCUACCUCCUUACCUUCAGCACCCUUACCUCCUACCUCCUUACCUUCAGCACCCUUACCUCCUACCUCCUUACCUUCAGCACCCUUACCUCCUACCUUUGUUCUCUUGCCUCCUUUCCUUACUUCCUACACUCCUCUUUCUUCUAACCCUCCUUUAAACUCUUCUAAUGUGCCCUUCCCUCGCCCCCUUGCUCCCUUGCUUCCUCCUAAUGCAUCCUUACCUUCUUCCCUUGCUCCCUCGUCUCCUUCUCCCUUCUCUUUCACUCAAACCCAAAACCCUCCCAUUACAAAUCCUCCAAUCACAUCACAGAAUUCUUCAGGCGUCUUACUGACUGAGCUCUGUGAUUGGCUGGGAGCCGGGCAGCACGAGCUGAAGCAGGUUUCCCAUUGGCUGAGGGGUGAGAGGGGCGUGUCCGUGGAGGGCAGUACCGUAGCGCUGCCGUACCUGCCUCCGUUCAUAUGUAACCUAAAGGCUCUAAAGACGCUGCUGCAGAAGAGGGCGGAGCUACACAAAAACGCUGUCAGACUCCUUCCAAAGACACAACCCAGUUCCAAGGCAGAGAAACGUCAAACCGGCAACCAUUCACAGGAAGAGAAGGAGAGGGAGGAGGAGAGAGAUGAGGAGAGGGAGGAGGAGGUAGUGAAGGAGAGGGAUGGCAGUUCAGGGGUGGAGCAGAGAGCCAGUCAAAACUCAGAAACUGAUGGCAAACCGCUCAUUCAGACGGCAGGAUGUACAAAUGAACAAUCGACCAAUCAGAUUCAAGAUACAGAACAGAGGCAAACCAAUCAGACGCCAGAAGCAAUAAAAGAACGGGCCAAUGAAACACCUGGAACAAGAGAAGCAACCAAUGACAUAACAGGAACAAGCGAUGAUCUGACAAAUGAGCAUCCAAGAAGUACAAAAGAGCCAGCCCACAGAACAUCCAAUCAGACGGCAGGAUGUAGGUCAGAGCCGCUGUCCAAUCAGGAGCCAAUUCAGACAGAGGAGGAGGAGCUUACUGAGGCUGUUCGGCAAAUCGUGAGAGAGCAUUUAGGGUCACACCCCGCCCACCAGCUGCUCAAGGCGCGCUUCCUGUCAAUCUUCACUCUGCCCGCCCUCUUGGCCUCUCUGCAGCCAAUCACAGAGCAGCACGACAGUGAGGAGCCAAUCACAGACCAGCAAGAGAACGAGGAGCCAAUCACAGACCAGCAAGAGAACGAGGAGCCAAUCACAGACCAGCAAGAUGCAGAGGGGAAGGGCCCAAAGGAAAGUCAAAAGAAGUAACAUUU